AUGCCAGCGAAAGGAUCUCGUGCUACUGGCGGCGGAGCCUCCAAGACGUCUACCUCGGACGCAUCGCGCAUACAGUCCACUCAGGCUAAGGCCGGCGCCGAGACCGGCAAAGGCAGCUUCCCCGCUCGUGCUCAAGCAUCUGCAGCGCGCAACGCAACUGCUGGAGCUACUCCAGGUAGCGGUGCGAAGGGCGGAAAGGGUGCAAAGGGCUCUUCAUGA